CGCACAACUCUGCCUGCGAGCGUGCUGGGUGCCGUUGGAGUCGGGCAUGGCCCGGACCCCGGCGGCGCUGCUGCUGGGGCCUCUGCUACUCCUGCCGCUGGCGACCCCUGCCCAGGUCUACCAGGACUAUCAGUACUUCGGCCAGCAGGGCGAAGGUGACACCUGGGAGCAGCUGAGGCUGCAGCAUCUAAAGGAAGUCGAGGACUCAAUCCUUGGCCCGUGGGGAAAGUGGCGGUGUCUCUGCGACCUGGGCAAGCAGGAGCGCAGCCGCGAGGUAGUCGGCACAGCGCCAGGCCCAGUUUUCAUGGACCCGGAGAACCUGAUCCAGUUAGGACCCUGCCGGCAACGGGAUUGUCCAUCCUGCAAGCCCUUCGACUGCGACUGGAGGCUCUGAGCCCGAGCGGGGCCCCAGAGACCGUGAAGCAGAGCUUGCAAAGUGACCCGGUCCACCGAAUUCCCCACGCUGAGUGUUCGGCCACAGUCCUUCGGGACUACAAUUCCCAGAAGGGCGCACGGCAGCGGCGUCGGCGUCGGCUGCGUAAGCGUCCACGGCCGUGGGAGCGACAGGGGCGUGUUCUGCCCGGGGAUUGGCCGGAAACAGGCGCCGCUGCAAGGCCCGCGGAAAACGCGCGCCGAGACCCGCUCUCGCAGUGUUAGUUCUUGCAGCUGGUGGCGGCGGCCGAGGCGGCAUGGAUCUCAGCGAGCUGGAGAGAGACAACACGGGCCGCUGUCGCCUGAGUUCUCCUGUGCCCGCGGCGUGCCGCAAGGAGCCUUGCGUCCUGGGCGUCGAUGAGGCGGGCAGGGGCCCCGUCCUGGGCCCCAUGGUCUACGCCAUCUGUUAUUGUCCCCUGUCCCACCUGGCAGAUCUGGAGGCCCUGAAAGUGGCAGACUCAAAGACCCUAUUGGAGAGCGAGCGGGAAAGGCUCUUUGCAAAAAUGGAGGAGAACAGGGACUUUGUCGGCUGGGCGCUGGACGUGCUAUCUCCAAACCUCAUCUCUACCAGCAUGCUUGGGCGAGUCAAAUACAACCUGAACUCCCUGUCACAUGAUACAGCCACUGGGCUUAUACAGUAUGCAUUGGACCAGGGCGUGAACGUCACCCAGGUGUUUGUGGACACUGUAGGGAUGCCAGAGACAUACCAGGCGCGGCUGCAGCAAAGUUUUCCCGGGAUUGAGGUGACGGUCAAGGCCAAAGCAGAUGCCCUCUACCCAGUGGUUAGUGCUGCCAGCAUCUGUGCCAAGGUGGCCCGGGACCAGGCCGUGAAGAAAUGGAAGUUCGUGGAGAAACUGCAGGACUCGGAUACUGAUUAUGGCUCAGGCUACCCCAAUGAUCCCAAGACAAAAGCGUGGUUGAAGGAGCACGUGGAGCCUGUGUUCGGCUUUCCCCAGUUUGUCCGGUUCAGCUGGCGCACAGCUCAGACCAUCCUGGAGAAAGAGGCGGAAGAUGUUAUAUGGGAGGACUCAACACCCGAGGAUCAGGAGGGACUCAGGAAGAUCACAUCCUACUUCCUCAAUGAAGGGUCCCAAGCCCGUCCCCGUACUUCCCACCGAUAUUUCCUGGAACGUGGCCUGGAGUCAGCAACCAGCCUCUAGCAGCUGCCUCUACUCGCUCUACCUGCCUUCCCAACCCAGACAUUAAAGUUUUUUAAGGAGAACCGCACGUAGGGGAUGUUCUUUUGAGACAGAGGUGAGGUGGGAGUGUGCUCUGCAGCCGGGUCCAGCUAUUGCCUUUUGGAACCUUAAACAGAAUGGGUGUUGGUUGAUUGAUUUUA